AUGCAUUUUCUUCGUAAAAAACACAAGUCUUCGUCCCCAGCUGCCUCGCUUGCUCCUCAUUCGCAUUCCGUCGAGCAACUGCCCGUGUCUCUUCUGGCUGCUCCCUCGCCGCGUGUUCCUCCUGACGAUCCCGCGUUUUACCAGCGCUUCUCCGACGUGCGUCUCCCCACUUCGUCCUCGGAUCAGCCUGUUGACUCGUAUUCUCACCACCAACAACAACAACAACAACAACUUCAUCAUCAUCAUCAUCAUCAGAAUCAUCCUGAUUCUCCUCAACAUCAUUCAAGGCAAUCAGAAGUCCCUCCCUCGUAUCAUCAGUCUCCCAUCACUCGAUCGCAGAGCCAUCACUCCCCCACUCUCCUCAACUCGGUACUUGCGAUCCCCGCCUCACCAGCUGCUGCGCGCUUCGAUGCUGACCCUUCCGAUCAGUCGUGGCCCUCGUCUCCCGCUGUGGACAGGGCCUCUGAUCAUCAGCAGCAGCCCUUGGCCCCCAUCGCUCACCCUACUAGCAACAAACAGACUCCUGCCCCAAAGUCCCGAAGGAAGCUCUUCGGUCUCCACUCGUCCUCCUCGUCUUCUGCAACAACCGGCUUCCUAGAACGUAGCGUCUCGGUCAAAGGCACCAGCUCAUCGUCCUCGUCCCGUCAGCGCCGGUAUCAACAUCAGCAACAGCUAUCGCUCGAGACGGCGUCGACGACAACCCGCGAAUCUCACAAGCAGAAUCAGAGCACCAACUACCAUUCCUCCUCCGAGACGGUUCCCGAGGGUUAUGCGGUAACCCUCCACCCCAACCCUAGCCAGCAUAGCUCGCAGUCCCUCCUCAUGCAACAGGACCCGGCGUCAGCUCACCACCGACCGCCCCAUUCCCCACAACAACCUCCCCCUUCGAUCCAGCGCUCCAACACCGACUCGAGCCUCCUCGAGAAGCUAUACAACGCACCACCUGCGGAUCCGUCAUCCCGGCAGCCUCUUGGACCCCCGCCAUCGGUGUCCAAUCUUUCCCAAACCCAUCCGCAGCAACACUCCCCGGUCUCGCAGCUGCAACUGGAGCCGCCGUCGAGCGCACGACCACCCUCGCGGCAGUCCCUGGGCCGUCCGUCUCCGUUACCCCCGCUGCCCCCGCAGUCCGAGUUGCGUUCCUCCUCCGCGAAUCAAAACGGCGGAAUGGCGUCCACCACCCCCGACCGGUCUGCCGGUCAACAGAUCCAGAACACGAAUCACCCAGGCGGCUCCCACGCGUCUCUCCAGGGAAACCAGCAGCAGAACACCCCCGAACCAGGGCGUAGUACACCCCCGGUCGGUAGCCGAGGGAGGGAUGAUGCCGGCGAUGUCGACGUCCGAGCUCUGCUGCAGAAGCACGAUGAACUGCAGGCCAAAUACUCCAAAGUGAAGCGCUAUUACUUUGAAAAAGACGCCCAGGUGCAGCAGCUGCAGAACACUGUGGCGCACCAGCGCAUGGCGGUGUCGCGCACCGUGCUGGACGACAACGAAUACGCGAACCGGUUCGCCCGUCUGGACGGCGCGAUUAAGGACCUGGCCUUCGCGAUCCGCAAGGACUGGACGAGCCUGCCGUCGUGGCUGGCCGGACACGUCAACGAGGACGCACACACGGCCGGCACGAAGGAGAUGACGGCGAUCGGGCGGGCGGCGAUGAGCCGGUGGCUGGUGGAGGAGAUCUUCGAGCGGCACUUCCACCCGGCGCUGGAGCCGGCCCUGAGCCAGCAGCUGAAGAGCAUCGAAAUGAACCUGCGGCAGCAGCAGAUCAAGACGUACACGGACGAGGAUCGGGAGAACGCGAUCGCGCGGAUCUCCAACUGGCGGCGGACGACGUUUGACGGGCUCACGGACGCGCUGCAGGGCAAGGCGGCGGAGGAGCACCGGGCGCAGCUGAUCGACCGGCUGGUCGAGAAGUUUGUCGCGAGCCUAGAGAUGAACCUGCACGACCCGGCGCCGCCGGGCCUGGCGAACGGCGUGCGCAUGAUCGUGGAGAACGCGGUGGGCAUCGCCGAGAAGAUCCCGCUGGAGUCGCGCGACAUCUGCAUCGAGUACUUCAUGCCCGGGUCGCUGGUGAACGAGGCUGUGAUGAAGGUCGAGGUGGGACUGCCGCCGCUGACGAACGUGAAGCCGCCGCCGGCGGACACGCCUGUGCUGCGCGGCUCCGCCGAGCACGACCGCAUGCUGCACGACCAUGACGAAGGCGACGGGCUCGCCCGCGAGUCGGGGAACCACCCAACCCUGCAGGACGGGGCGGCGUCGGCGUCGGGGCCGCGCGAGCAGCGCGUGCGAUCGGUGCUGAACACGCUGAUGGGCAAGCGACCCGCGGCGGCCGUGGACGCGAGCCACGGGGCCAAGGAGGCGAAGGAGCCGGUAAUGGAGGAGCCCGGCAGCAGCGGACGGAUUCGGUUUGCGAUGUUUCUAGCUGCGGAGGUACGGGGACGGGGGCCGACGAAUGUGUUGGUGAAGGCGCCUGUAUAUCUGAUAUGA